AUGGCCUCGCAUGCCGCCCCAACCGCUAAGGAGAGGAAGUACGACCGCCAGCUGCGACUCUGGGCUGCUAGCGGCCAGCAAGCCCUAGAGUCUUCUCGAGUGCUUCUAAUAAACUCCGAUGGCCCAGUGGAUAGUGAUGGCUCGGAAUUGACUGGUGUCGUGGGCGUUGAGACUCUGAAGAAUCUCGUGCUGCCUGGGAUAGGUGGCUUCACGAUUGUUGAUCCUGCAACCGUCUCUGAGGUUGAUCUAGGCGUGAACUUCUUUCUAUCUGAGGACAGCCUCGGUAAAUCUAGAGCUGAGGAGACAUGUAAAUAUCUUCGGGAGCUUAAUGAAGAUGUUGAUGGGCAAGCGUAUACAAUGACCAUUUUAGAUAUUCUCGAAGAUGAAGACUUUCUUCCCCAGCAUCAGCUUGUCAUUGUUUCCGGGCCAAUAAGGCAGUCUAUCCUUCGAACCAUAUCACAAACUACAAGGCGGCUGGAUAUACCCCUAAUCUACACACAUUCGGUAGGGUUUUAUGCGUCCUUUUCGCUGCAGCUACCAUCCGCUUUCCCCGUAGUCGAGACACACCCUGAUGCCAGCUCCACUGAAGACCUUCGUUUAACAAAUCCGUGGCCGGAACUUGCGGCUGCAGCAAGCAAGGCAGGGAACCUGGAUAGUAUGGACGACCACGAGCAUGGACAUGUUCCGUAUUUGAUACUUUUGCUACACUUCCUCGAGAAGUGGAAGGCCAACCAUAACGGCCUAUACCCUCAGAACUACCGGGAAAAGUCCGAGUUUAGGGACAUGGUUAGAUCUCAUGCUAGAACUAAUAAUCCUGAAGGAGGCGAAGAAAACUUCGACGAGGCUGUGGCGGCUGUCCUAAAGAGUAUUGGUCCCUACUCCUUAAGUAGUGACUUGCGCAAUGCCUUUGAUAUGGAUGAGUGCUCGCAAUUAACAACUAAAUCACCCAAUUUCUGGAUAAUAGCAGCCGCAGUCAAAGAAUUUUAUGAAACACAUUCAGUUCUUCCUUUGUCCGGGUCACUACCGGACAUGAAGGCGCAGUCGUCAGAUUAUAUCUGGUUACAAAACAUAUAUAAGUCAAAAGCACGAAGGGAUGCGGCUGAAGUGCUUGCCACUGUUCGGAAUCUUGAAUGCAAGCUACGUGCCGGCCGGGAGAGGGUGCCGAUAUCAGAAAAGGAGAUUGACACUUUCUGCAAGAACGCAGCUCAUAUCAAAGUGAUUAAGGGCAACGAGAUUCCAAUAUUAUCGCCUGUGCCAUCAGGAGGAAUUUCGCAGCGAACAGUGAAGGCUAUUAAGAGCAGCCUGCAAAACCCUGAUUCUCUCAUUCCCAUUUUCAUUGCGCUGAGUACUCUUGACGGCCUAGUGACGGAAUUCAAAGAGACAGGCCAUGUAGGAAUGACGGAGGAACCAUCGUACAUUGAUAAAACCGACAACUGGACAGCAAUGCUCUCGAAAGUCCUAGCUGGUCUAGGCCAGGAGGAAAAUGGUAUGGAUGAAAGUGAGAGCGAGAUUAGGUCCCGGAUUGAGUCGGCCAUAUCGGAAGUACGGCGAGCGGGGAUUGGAGAACUGCAUAAUAUCUCAGCCAUGGCAGGUGGGUGUAUAGCUCAGGAGGCCCUCAAAGUGCUUACAAGACAGUAUGUUCCCCUUGACAAUACCUUUAUCCUAGAUGGGGUAAGGUCUCGGGGUGAGAUGUUUAGAUUAUGAGGUAUGUAGGUAGCAGUUGCAUUAAGAUGAUACACAUGACGAGCAGCUUCAUUUCUGGUAGGAUAAGGAUUUAUUCUAGUUCUAAGAAAAUAAAGAAAUUGAGGGGUUUUUUUUUUUAAUAAAUAUCGCAGGGCAAAAAAUAUGACGUGUAUCAUUUACAACGAAAUAUUAUGCAACUGUAGCAUUACCAUAUAUGCUAAAUAGGACGAAGUAAACAAUGAGACCAGCGGGCGACUGCUGUCCAUUUAGGUAUGUCGUUACUAUUAUACAAGAUGAAGGUAAAUGGGUAUAUAGAAAGAGACAAAUUGUCGUUAUAAAACUCCAACGAGGCCACCAAAAAUAAGUGCAGUACUUAUCCCUAGAACAAAUGUGGUGUUGAUACUAGUGGAUAUCCGUACUGCAAGACUCUGACUGAAGGUCGGUCUUGUCCGAAGCAUGAGUGAGGAGAUAUGGUAUGGCCCUCACUGUCGGUUCGCGGACCCUCCCUGUCUCCUCUGUCCGUAGGAUUAGCCGUACCUGAUACGAGUGGUGGUGACUUCAUAGGAUCUGCACCGAGGUGGAAAGUAGUGUCGAGGUAGAUUACCUCUGAAGGGUUUACGGUAAAAGUAUGGCCAUCAACCGCAAAUGUGGUCGGGGUAGAAUUACUAGUAAUAGUAGUGCGUGACGGCCCAUUUCCAAGAGUGACGGAGUCAGUCUCCUGAAUAGUGAUAGGGAUCCCACCCAGGUUGAACAUGGUUCUGGUAGGGACUGAAUGGGAGUGGCCUGCACCUUCUGAGGUGAUAGGCCCCGGAUCAACUGGCAUGGAGCUACCGGGAGGCUGAGCAAGCGUUGUUUGUCGAGAGGCUUGAGAGCUCCCUUGGCUACCUCCUUGCUGACCAUUUGGAGUACCGCUCUGAGGCCUUCCUUGACUGUUUUCUGGACGGCCUUCCGGGCUAUUACCCUGGCUGGCUGAAGAAGUAGUUCCCUGAGAACCGCUGUGAGGUUCGUCUGGGGAGCCAGAAUCUGACUUUGAUUUACCGGACGGCCGAGAAGCACUCGAGUCGUC